GUAUAAAUCAAUUAUAUUAGUCUCUUGUUUUUCUUAAAAGAAGAAAAUGAAAGGUGAAUAACUGAUGUAUUAUUUCUCCCGUGUACCAUGCAUUUUUGAAAUUGCGAACUGUUUCUCUUUAAGCGAUUUGAGCUAUUUUGAAGUUGCUCCGUUAUCAAUCUUGAACACAUGGUAAACAUGUCACCGAUGCGAGAAACUUUGCGUGAUUCUAGCGGCGAUUCUGGAUCAGAGUCCGAUAAUGCUUCCGCGUCCUCAAGAUCUAGCCGUAGUGAUAGCCGAGCAUCGCAGGCUCCGGCCCAACAAACGUCAAGCAAUGCUAGAGGAGAGCAUUCUGAGGAUGAGAACGGAGCACCAGCUUCACCUGCGUCAAACGCUAGCGGUAGCCGCGCCUCGAGGUCUACCAGCCAGAGUCCAAUCGGCUCGAAUAAGUUGGAUGGCAGUCGUCGCUCAGAGAGUCCGUCGUCACCGGCUGGAUCUGGCUCGAGACGUUCAAGCGUGGGUUCUGUCCAGAGCGAAAAAUCUGGUUCUCCGAGGUCCAGAAGCGGCACGCCAAAAUCAGCAGUCUCUCACAGCUCGGCAGAUUCUCCAAAGUCUCCUCGAUCACGCUCGCCAUCGCCACACGGCAGCAUACGUUCCUCGAGUCCAAAGUCACCCGUCAGUUCAAGGUCUGCACGUUCUAGGUCGGUGGAAAGAAAAUCCAAGACUCCGGCCUCCCCUGCAUCUAAUGCAUCUGGUUAUGAUUCCCUGAAAAGUCAUAGAUCUCGAAGUGCUUCUUCUCAAAGAAGUAAUAAGUCAGGAGGUUCAGCGAGUCCAACAGAAAGGCGAUCGAAUUCUUCUGCAUCUUCGAGGAAAUUUGAUGAACCAAAGAAAGCAGAUUCUGAAAGAUCUGAUGAUAAGAGAUCAAGAUCUAAAAGUCCGAAAAAUGAUAAAAGUGAUAAUGAAUCGAACAAAUCCUUCAAACAAACAGUUAACGAUCGUAGUCCAAAAUCCGAUGAGAGCGACGAAGAACAAUCAAAGACUAAACGACAACAUAGUAGUUCCGGAUCAGAUACGGAACAAAUUAUGAAACGAAGUAAACCGAUAAUAAACUCAGAUUCUGAGAAUGAGACAGUUGACAAAGAAAAUAGUGUCGCUCCAACUGCGGACGCAUUAUUUGGUGAUGCAAGUGACAUUAGUACGGACGAUGAAAAGGAUAAAAAGGAAGAAAAAGAAAAAGAACGGAGCCGCAGUAGAAGUCGGAGUAGAAGUAGAAGCAAAAGUCGCAGCAGAAGCAAAAGCAGAAGUAGAAGUAGGAGUAGGAGUCACAGCCGCGGCAGAUCUGAGAGUGGUGGAGAAGGUCCAAGUCGAUCUGUUAUCGAAGACGAGGACGAUAAAGAUAAGGAGGAAGAACCAGAACCACCUCCAGAGACUCGAAUUGACGUAGAAAUCCCGAAAAUUACUACUGAUCUAGGACGCGAGAUUCACUUUGUAAAAUUGCCGAAUUUCUUGUCCGUCGAAACAAGGCCGUUCGAUCACGAUACCUACGAAGAUGAAAUUGACGAAGAAGAAACUCUAGAUGAAGAAGGUCGUGCUCGAUUGAAGCUCAAAGUUGAAAAUACAUUGAGGUGGAAGGAAUCAUUUAGUGACGAUGGUAAAAUGGUGAAACAGAGUAAUGCGAGAUUCGUUAAGUGGUCGGACGGUAGUAUGUCGCUGCAUUUGGGUUCAGAAAUUUUCGAUGUGUAUAAACAGCCGUUACAGGGCGAUCACAAUCACCUUUAUAUUCGCCAAGGUACAGGUCUACAGGGUCAAGCAGUAUUUCGAACAAAACUAACAUUCCGGCCACAUUCCACUGAAUCGUUCACACACAGGAAGAUGACUAUGUCUCUGGCCGAUAGAUCGCAAAAGACAUCUGGUAUUAAAGUUCUUUCUCAAGUGGGAAUGAAUCCAGAUCAGAAUAGGUACGAAAUGAUAAAGAAAGAGGAAGAAAAAUUACGUAUGGCUAUGCGAGUUCAAAAUAAAACGAAGAAAAGUACUAGUGGUAGUAGAAAUACUAAUCGUGCUACAGGAGCAUACAGUGGUGAUGCCUAUCACGAUGACGGUUCUGAUGACGAUGGUGCAAUUUCAUUAGCAGCCAUAAAAAAUAAAUAUAAAAAAGGAGCGAUUCCUUCUAAAGCAUCGAAUAUUUAUUCUUCGGAUGAGGAAGGAUCAGAUAUUGAGACACACAGACCUAAAAAGAAUAUUAAAGGAAAAAUUCUAAAAGAUUCAGAUGAAGAAUCCACUUCUGAAAGUUCUGCGGGUAGCGGUGGAGACGAUAAUCAAGUUGAUGAUGCGAGUGAUUAAAAAUGUAUAUAUAAUUCAGAAUUUAGUAUUUUCUUUUAU